GAUUUAAAACAUUUUGGUAGUUCUUUUACUAAUUAAUAGAGUCAAUCUUCAUCUUGUAUACGUCGUUGAUAUUUGCCAUGCAAAGAAAAGGAGAUGCAAAAUAUUGAACCACUUUUCUUGUGACUAAUUAUUGUAUUUGUUGGACGAGGAUUAAUUUAUUACCAAUAAGUAAGGACCAUAUGAAAAAAUAAAAAAUAAACAAAAAUAAUGGUGGCUGCAAACUUAUCAUUCGAGAUAUAAAUAACAUUCAUAAGCAAUAUUAUUAUAUUUACUAAUUUUACAAAUACCAAUUUGCUUCAAGUCUUCUUCUCUAUUUAUACAUCUUCUUCUCCAAUCCAACAAAACACACACAUACACUUACAUCUCCAUCCUCUUGUCCUAAAAAGCUUCCCAAAUCUUUUUUUUUUCUUCUUCUACAAUCUCAAAAUUUCUUCUGUUUUCUCCUCACAACCAGACAAGCAAACUCUAAACUCUGUGGAAGAUGUAUGGAAAUAAUAACAAGAAGUCUAUCAACAUCUCGAGUAUGUUUCAAAACCUCAUCCCCGACGGCAGCGACAUUUUCUCCCGGCGUUGCAUCUGGGUCAACGGACCGGUCAUCGUUGGAGCUGGCCCAUCAGGUCUAGCCGUUGCUGCGGGAUUGAAACGUGAAGGAGUACCGUUCAUAAUCCUCGAGCGAGCUAACUGCAUUGCUUCAUUAUGGCAAAACAGAACCUACGAUCGUCUCAAACUCCAUCUCCCUAAACAGUUUUGCCAAUUACCCAAUUAUCCUUUCCCGGACGAGUUCCCUGAGUACCCUACCAAGUUUCAGUUUAUUCAGUACCUUGAGUCCUACGCAGCCAACUUUGACAUCAACCCUAAGUUCAACGAGACAGUCCAGUCCGCAAAAUACGACGAGACGUUCGGGCUGUGGCGGGUUAAGACCAUUUCGAAGAUGGGUCAGCUCGGUUCUUGCGAGUUUGAGUAUAUCUGCAGGUGGAUUGUGGUGGCCACGGGAGAGAAUGCUGAGAAAGUUGUGCCGGAUUUUGAAGGUCUAGAGGAUUUUGGCGGCGAUGUUCUCCAUGCUGGUGACUAUAAAUCUGGUGGAAGGUACCAAGGGAAAAAGGUUUUGGUGGUGGGAUGUGGAAACUCCGGUAUGGAAGUCUCUCUCGAUCUCUACAAUCACGGAGCAAACCCAUCAAUGGUCGUUCGUAGCGCUGUGCAUGUUUUACCAAGAGAGAUUUUUGGGAAAUCAACGUUUGAAUUAGGAGUUACGAUGAUGAAGUAUAUGCCAGUUUGGCUCGCGGACAAGACCAUACUCUUUCUAGCGAGGAUGAUUUUAGGGAAUACCGAUAAAUACGGUCUAAAAAGGCCGAAAAUUGGACCGUUAGAGCUAAAGAACAAGGAAGGGAAAACUCCAGUACUUGACAUCGGAGCGUUACCCAAAAUCAGAUCGGGAAAGAUCAAAAUCGUCCCCGGAAUCAUAAAGUUCGGUGAAGGAAAAGUUGAACUAGUGGAUGGCCGUGUUCUUGAGAUUGAUUCCGUUAUUCUAGCUACCGGAUACAGAAGCAACGUCCCUUCAUGGCUUAAGGACAAUGACUUCUUCUCCGAUGAUGGGAUACCGAAAAACCCGUUUCCAAACGGAUGGAAAGGAGAGGCGGGAUUGUAUGCGGUAGGGUUCACGAGAAAAGGAUUGUUUGGUGCGUCGCUUGAUGCUAUGAGUGUGGCUCAUGAUAUUGCUAAUAGGUGGAAAGAAGAGUCUAAGCAACAGAAGAAAACUGCUGCUGCUCGUCAUCGUCGAUGUAUUUCACAUUUCUAACUAUCAAAAUCAAAUUUAGGGGGAAAAUAUAUAUUUAAAAAAAGAUAAUUAAGCCCUCUCCUCAGAAGAAAAAUACCCCAAAAAAUAAGAGAAUUGUGAAAAGAAAAUAAAAUUAGGGGGAUUUUUCUUUGUUUUUUAGGAAGAUGUGGCUUUUUUAUGUAAUUUUUAUUGUAAGAGUGCUUUUUUUUGUUCUUGUAUUUUUUUUUCUAUCUUCAUUUUAGAUUUUGAACUCUUGUAAGAAGUUUUGCUUAAUCUAAUAUGACAAAUAUUUUACGAUU